GAUUCCCAACCCUUCUUCAUCCCCAGCAGACAGAAGAGCAGCAUGAGGCCUGAGAACCAGAGCAGCGUGUCCCAGUUCCUCCUCCUGGGGCUCCCCAUCCCACCAGGGCAGCAGGGCGUGUUCUUCACCCUGUUCCUGGGCAUGUACCUGACCACGGUGCUGGGCAACCUGCUCAUCAUCCUGCUCAUCAGGCUGGACUCCCGCCUGCACACGCCCAUGUACUUCUUCCUCAGCCACCUGGCCUUCUCUGACAUUUCUCUUUCCUCUGUCAUUGUCCCAAAUAUGCUCAUGAACAUGCAGACUCAGCAACACUCCAUUUCCUAUGAGGGAUGCAUUUCUCAAAUGUAUUUUUUCAUAUUUUUUAUUGGUCUUGACAACUUUCUUCUGGCUGUGAUGGCAUAUGACAGGUACGUGGCCAUCUGUCAUCCCCUGCACUACACCAGCAUCAUGAGGGAGGGGCUCUGUGUGCUUCUGGUGGCUGGCUGCUGGAUUCUAUCCUGUGCCCAUGAUUUGUUGCACACUCUUCUAUUGGUCCGACUGUCCUUCUGUGCCAAUAAUAUCAUCACCCACUUCUUCUGUGACCUCCUUGCACUCCUGAAGCUAAGCUGCUCAGACAUCUCCCUCAAUGAGCUGAUCCUACUCACUGAAGCUGGAAUUAUUUUCUUCCUUCCUUUUGGUGUAAUUUUGGGCUCUUAUAUCCGUAUCGGCACCAUCAUCCUGAGGGUGCCCUCCACCAAGAGACUCUUUAAAGCCUUGUCUACCUGUGGCUCCCAUCUCUCUGUGGUGCUGUUAUAUUAUGGGACAGCUGCAGGUGUUUACUUUUUCUCCUCUUCCUCUGGUUCUAAAGACAUAAUUGCUUCGGUAAUGUAUACGGUAGUUACCCCCAUGCUGAACCCCUUCAUCUACAGCCUGAGGAACAGAGAUAUGAAACAGGCCUUAGAGAUGUGUGUCAAUAGGGUUAACGUUUUUAACUGGAAAUCGCUAAAUUCUCAUGUUGCUGUCAGGAGCACAGUGAGAUAG